CAAACAGGUGUGUCGGCGUGCGUGCGUGCGUGUACUGCGUGCCUGCGUCAAUAAGAAGAAAACAAACAGAAUCAACAAGAAAUUAGCGUUGCCCAGAUUGCUUAUCAAUAAACUGAUGGCCGGGGGGUUCUGGGGUCACCGCAGAACACCGAAAACCAUAUCAUUAGCUAGAGGAGCAGCCAAGUGUCCAGCUGUGCGGCGACGGCACCGGUAGUUGUUAAAAAAAGCGAAGAAGAAGAAGACGCGGGGGAGCGACCCCCGGAUAAGCUUGGAAUCAAAUCAAAUUUUGGCAAGAUUACUGCCGAGCCAGGGAGGAGGGGAUCUGCCCGGGUUACAUAACCAUGCGCUUGCUGUGGCGCACCUUUCAGGGACUGGCCAAGUCCAGGAACCGUCGGCUUCUGGCAACCACAACCACCAGGUGGAGUGGCCGGAACCAGGAGGAGAGGGAGCAGCGGCAGGAUCACCAAUGGAGCCACCCUGACAGUCGGCUGGAGCAGCUCCUGUACGCCACCUACUGGGCCGGAGGUCUGGCUCUGGCCUACCAUUGGCUGGGCCCCAAGAAGACCGACCUGCUGGCCAAGGAAGCGCCCGCCGGGAAGGACGACGAAGAGGAGGUGGCCCGUCUGUGGCACGUAACAGUGAGAAGCGACCUGCCCACCUACAAGCAGGCGCAGGUGGAGAGCCACAACUCGGCGGAGGCACGCAUCUGGGUCACCUACGGCCUGGGGGUGUACGAUGUCACCGACUUUGCGGAGAACCAUCCGGGCGGAGACAAGAUCAUGAUGGCCGCCGGCAGUGCCAUCGAUCCGUUCUGGGCCAUCUACCAGCAACACAACACCCUGGAGGUGCUGGAGCUGCUGGAGGGCUUCCGGAUCGGCAACCUCGAGGGCGGCCUGGCCGAGACCAGUGUGGAGACCGAGCUGGGCUCACCCUGGGCCCAGGAGCCCCAGCGACACGCCCUGCUGAAGCCCGCCUCCAAGCGGCCCUUCAACGCGGAGCCGCCCAUCGGAAUGCUGGCGGAGAACUUCCUGACCCCCAACGAACUCUUCUACGUGCGCAACCACCUGCCCGUCCCGGUCAUCACGGAGGCGGAGUACGAGCUGGAGAUUGAAACGGGCUGCGCGAAGCCGCCCCUGACUCUGACCCUGGCGGGGAUCAGGGCCCUGCCCAAGCACUCGGUCACCGCGGCCAUCAUGUGCGGCGGCAACCGGCGCUCGGAGAUGACCAAGUUCAAGGCGGUCAAGGGUCUGUCGUGGGGCGCCGGAGCCGUGGGAAACGCCAAGUGGUCGGGAGCCAGGCUCUGCGAUGUCCUGGCCCAGCAGGGCGUCAAGCCGGACGAGACCCGGCACGUCAUCUUCGAGGGCGCCGACCUGGACCCCACUUCCCACCCGUACGGAGCCUCCAUUCCCCUGGCCAAAGCUUUGGAUCCGCGCGGAGACGUCCUGCUCGCCUACGAAAUGAACGACGAGCCCCUGAGCCGGGAUCACGGCUAUCCCAUACGGGUGAUAGUGCCCGGCACGGUGGGGGCCCGCAACGUCAAGUGGCUGACCCGGAUCGUGGUGGCCGACCAGGAAUCGGACUCGCACUGGCAGCAAAACGACUACAAGGGCUUCAGUCCGAGCACGGACUGGGACACCGUGGACUUCAGCAAGUCGGAUGCCAUCCAGGCCAUGCCCGUGACCUCGGCUAUCUGCACACCGCAGCCGGGAUCCCGGGUCAGGGUGGACGAGGACAAGGACGGGGGACACGUCACCGUGAGGGGCUAUGCGUGGAGCGGGGGCGGACGGAAGAUAGUGCGCGUGGACCUCACCAACGACGAGGGCCAGAGCUGGCACGUGGCCGAGCUGGAGCAGGAGGACCAGCCCGACGGCCGGCACUACGGCUGGUCCCUGUGGACGGCCAGGCUGCCGGUAACGGAGGCCCAACGCAAGGGCGGCGACCUAGAGAUCUGGGCCAAGGCCGUGGACUCGGCGUACAAUGUCCAGCCGGAGAAGUUCGAGCACAUUUGGAACCUGCGCGGAGUUCUGGCCAACGCCUACCACAAGGUCAGGGUGAAGCUCGUCUAGGACGCUUGUCGGGACUGUGCCCGGAGAACCAUUAAAGAUAUUUUAGUCUCAUGAAGAUGUGACUUUGGCGGGGGAAUCCCAAUAAACAGAAACUGGCAGUUAGAA